AUUUCUGGCCGAAACUUGGACAAAUUCUCCAAAACCCAGGGGCCCAUGAAUAAUGUCUGUCGGAAUUGUCGUGGUUCGGAUGUUGUAGUGGAGACCGAUCUGGGUCUUCGUUUCGAAUCCUACCGCCUCGCAUUGACUUAGUUCAUCCUUUAUCUCAAAAUUGAGUUGUGCGUCUCUGCAGAUGAAUAUAUGUAAAGCUAUGGUUUCUGUUCGUAGACAAUGCAGUAGGGAGGAGCUGCAAACAUGGACUGCUGGUGAUUAUUUUGGAUCGUGAGGAAAGAUUCUACGCUGCCGUUAUGUUCUUCCGUACGGCAGCUUAUGUUUGGAUGUUAGAAUUUCGGAUUUAUUGACCUUUCGAAUUGAUGUUACCAGGAGAAGGUCAAACCACAAGCUCUAACGUGUAGAAUGUUGUGCAUGAGUGUCAAGUUUGUGCAUAGAGUUUCUCCUGGAAAGUCUUUUGCACGUCCUGGAACACCAAUACGAAAACAACGACGAAGUAUGGCUCCUCCUUUGGCUGCAAUGCCAGAUGUUCGGACCCCUCGUGUUCUAAGUAUUCAAUCCCACACUGUGCAGGGUUACGUAGGGAACAAAGCCGCAGUUUUUCCUUUGCAGUUGCUGGGAUUCGAAGUAGAUCCCAUCAAUUCUGUACAGUUCUCUAACCACACAGGUUACUCGAUAGUCCGGGGUCAAGUGCUUGACGGAGACCAAUUAUGGGCUCUGAUAGAAGGGUUGGAAGCGAAUGACCUUCUAUACUAUACCCACCUUCUGACUGGAUAUAUAGGUUCUCUUUCGUUUUUGGAAAUGGUUCUUCAAGUCUUACAGAAGCUUCGCGCUGUAAAUCCCAACCUUAUCUAUGUAUGUGAUCCUGUUAUGGGCGACGAAGGCAAGUUUUAUAUCAAACCCGAGCUCGCGCCUGUAUUUCGCUCGAAGGUGGUACCCGUCGCAUCAAUGCUUACGCCAAACCAGUUUGAACUAGAAAUUUUGACAGGUUCUAGCAUCCGAACAGAGAAGGAGGCUUUGCAAGCUUGUGAGACUCUCCAUGCCUUGGGACCGUCUCAGGUUAUCAUUACAAGCUUAGACAUUGACAACAAGUUGCUGUUGAUAGGCAGUGAUAAGCCUAACAAGGAUGAACCAGCCAAGCAAUUUCGGAUCAGCAUGCCCAAAAUUCCAGCGUAUUUUACGGGCACUGGAGAUUUAAUGACUGCCCUUCUCUUAGGUUGGAGCUAUAAAUAUCAAAACGAUCUAGCCAAAGCAGCGGAGCUUGCGGUUUCGAGCCUUCAGGGAGUGCUACGUCGGACAAUAAGUGAUUACGAAGAGGCUGGAGUGUCGCCAAACUUGAAGCAACUUGAGCUGCGACUUGUACAAAGUCAAACGGAAAUCUCAUCUCCCAAGCUUGCUUACCGGGCUGAGAAGUUGUAGUCUUUUCCCAGAACUUAGACGAUUAUAAACUGAAAGCUCUACAAGAUGUAUAUUCCCUUUUUGUAAUGAUACAAGCAAAACUUGUGAUAUCGUCGACCUCUUUAUUUCGACGUAUAUCAUUUAAGUUAUUGCAAGCUUAUUUUUUGUAUCGUC